GGUUGACGGCCGGGACUCCAUUUUGUUCGCCGCUUCUCAGCUCGCAAGUCGCUCCUUCCCGUGGCUUCUCCGAGGCGAAAAGUUUACGAAGGGCGAAAGUUGCGCAGCACGUUCUGGAGCCCCGGCGGUAAGCAGAGCGAGUCCCGUGCUCUCUCCGCAGCAGCGAGGAGGAUGCGGCCCCUGGACGUCGUCGAGCUGGCGGAGCCCGAGGAGGUGGAAGUGCUGGAGCCCGAGGAGGACUUCGAGCAGUUCCUGCUGCCCGUCAUCCACGAGAUGCGCGAGGACAUCGCGGCGCUGACCCGGGCGCGCGGGCGCGCGUACCUGCGCAACCGGAGCAAGCUGUGGGAGAUGGACAAUAUGCUCAUCCAGAUCAAGACGCAGGUGGAGGCCUCGGAGGAGAGCGCCCUGAACCACCUGCAGGGCCCCGACGACGGCGCCGAGGGCAGGGCGGCCAAGCGGUGCGAGAAGGCCGACGAGAAGGCCAAGGAGAUCGCGAAGAUGGCAGAGAUGCUGGUGGCGCUGGUCCGGCGGAUAGAGAAGAGCGAGUCGUCCUGAGCGCGGGGCGGCGGUUCACAGCCAGUGGGAUCUGGUCCACCGGUGGAGAUUGGCUGACACCCUGGAGAAGCUGAAACCAGAGAGCCUUUUGUUUUCUCCCUUCUUUUCUCUGUCUGUGCUCUGUCCUCAUUUACACUACGUUUCUGCUGUGGUCUGCGGUUGAUGACCUCAAUAUGAGUUUUGACUGUUUGAUGUUUCUGUUUGGGGAAGUAACUUUUACUCGGGAAGCGCUCCGGCAUAGGAGGAGUAGGGCCUAGAUUGUAAGCUCUCGCAGCAGUCACAUUGUUCCUGGGCUUCGGUUAUUUCUGAGUUUUGAGGUGCUUUUUGCUCUUUCUUGUGUGACCUGAUAGCUCCCUGGAACUUUGGGUCUGUGUGGGACACAGCUCAGGGUUGGGGUUCUCCAGCUCUGGAGGUGCCGAAGGAGCGGCUUUCCUUCUCGAAGAUGACUCCAUGCAGCAGCGCGGAAGAAGCUGACGAAGGGACCAGACUUCACCGGGAAUGGAAGGGGUGAUCUGGCUGGGCCUGGUGCAUCAGAAGGAGGCGGAAGAUGGCCUUGUCUAUUCUGGGACUUGAAUUUCUUUCUGUGAGACCAAAGGAGGAGAGAUGUAUUUUGUUCAAAAUUUAAAUUUUACGUGGCACACUAUCUGAUGUAACCUGUCUGGUCGGUUUGUUUGGACAACCUAACUCAGCUUUCAUUGACAUAGAACCUCCAGUAGCGGAUGAGAUCUUGGCAUUCUGUACAACUUGAUGUAAGACCCUGAAGCCUUUCAGGGGAUAAAAUGAGAGAGAUUUGCAAAGGCCCUUGAGGGGCUGGGGAAGGAAAGCAAGGGCUAUCUAUCUGCAUUGGACCCUAAAAUAGACAGGGACUAGGUAUCUUUAAGGUUCAUAAGUUGUCCAGCUAGAAGUUCAUUUGAAUAGCAGACCUGACAAGUAUUUGAGGUCAAAACCCUACCAUGUGUUUAAAAAAAAUUCACCAUGUUAAUAAAAGUAUUCAUUUGCUUGAAAAGA